UAUUUUGUAUUUUCACGUACAUUUUUGGGGUGAAAAAUGAUCAAUUCUAAAGGAGUGCACUAUCUUCUGUCUGAUUGUUUUGGAACAAUAUAAAGUUCCUUGUAGGCUUGGCCACCCUUCUCUGUUUCCAUGCGUUAUAUUACCGAGAAGCGCUAUAAGCCAGCGAGAGAGGGGGGUAGCACUCGGUCUGACGUCAUGAUCUUACAACAAGAUACGCCUGGAGCUCUAUCGCGGAGGCGAAUAAUUUACGGUAUAAAAAGAUUUACAGCCGAGAGGGCUAACUCGUUGGAGCACACAAGCAAUUACAAAGCCAGCUAAAUACAACUUUUGGCACGCGCAGAGCGCAGCCCUCGAAAACGCUCCUUGAGCCCUCUCUUGCCUCUUUUUAUCCCGGGUGACAAUUCAUUUGUGCGCUCCAAGUCAAGUCAGAGCGCACUCCGUUGAAAUGCGAGCAGCAGCAUAAAGACCUUACACCUUCGAGAGAGGGGACAGAGACAUAUUUAGUGUUUUGACAGUGUCAGACAGUGAGCGGGGAAAAGCAGAGGAGCACCUGUCUUCGCGGCAUGUCCUUGGAAAGCAGCUAAAACCGAGACGCAUCAUCGGUCUAGUCCGGGGACAGAAGCCUAAACAAAUGGGCGCUGCCAGCGUGGACCUGCUGGUCACCCUCCAGAUCCUGCCCGGUUUCUUCUCCAACUGCCUGUUCCUCGCGCUCUACGACUCGGUGGUCCUGGUGAAGCGCGUGGUGUCGUUGCUGAGCUGCCCUGGCGGCGGCGGGGGAGAGUGGCAGCGCAUGCUGACCUCGGCGGGGCUCCGGUCCAUAUGGAACAGCUUCCUGCUGGACGCAUACAAACAGGUGAAACUUGGCAGUGAGGCACCCAACUCCAAAGUGGUGAAGGUUCCUGGUAGCGGUGGUAACCAUGGCUUCCGGCGGCGGAGCAGUGUGACCACCACCACGGCCCGUCAUCCUGGAGACGAGUGCCGCCUGCUGGACUUCGAGUCAUCGGAGCGCCCUCUUGUGGUGAACUUCGGUUCGGCCACCUGACCCCCAUUCAUCAGCCACCUGCCCGCCUUCCGGCGGCUGGUGGAGGAGUUCUCUAACGUGGCCGACUUCCUGCUGGUCUACAUCGACGAGGCGCACCCCUCAGACGGCUGGGUGGCGCCCACCAUGGGCCCAUGCUCCUUCGAGGUCAGGAAGCACCGGUCGCUGGAGGAGAGGGUGGUGGCGGCCAUGAAACUGACUGAGGCCUUCAGCCUGCCGCCUCAGUGCCAGCUGGUGGCUGACUGCAUGGACAACAAUGCUAACGUAGCCUACGGCGUGUCCUACGAGAGGGUGUGCAUCGUGCAGAGAAGGAAGAUCGCCUACCUGGGUGGGAAGGGACCCUUCUUCUACAACCUGAAGGAUGUGAGGCAGUAUCUGGAACAGAGAUAUGGCAAGAGAUAGGGGCCAGACAGACAGAGAGGACGAGUUCUGUGACAACUGAACGGCUGAUAAGAGAAAGAGAGAAUAUUUAUUUUCGUAUAAAAGGAAGGCGAGGUGCUUUCCGAACUGAUCUGUUCUGACCACGAAUGACAGGCAAUGCUCGGAACAGAACAUGUGACAGGUUCUAAAAUUCCCAACUUCCACAUCUCUGGGACUUCCUUUUCUGGAAGGAGACCAACAUUCCAUAAGACUUUUCACUGGAACACAAUAGAACAGAACCGAUAGACUACAUGGCCAGAAGCUCUGCUACCUAUGACAGUGAGUUGACUGAAAGAAGAAACUGAAUAGGUUGACCCGUGACCCGCUUUAUCAAUAACUUCAUCCCCAUUUGCUAAUAAUCUAAAACAUGUCUAGUUACAGGACACAUUAUCUUCUAACCUGGCUCCUUUCAAAACAAAAACCAAAUUACUGCACAGAGAAGAAAGCACAAGUGCCCAACUAUAACAAUUAUAUUAAUUUAUUUCUAUGGAGUUUUGAAUGUUAUGUUGUUUGUUUUUACACCACGAUAAUAUUUUGUGUGUUGAUGCACUUGUUAGGCUUUUUAUUUAAGAAAACAAUCCAUCAUAUAAGGGGUGUUACAUCACUGUUUAAACCAUCUAGAGUAGACUGUUUUAAACCAUCUAGAGUAGACUGUUCUCAACCAUCUAGAGUAGACUGUUCUCAACCAUCUAGAGUAGACUGUUUCUCAACUAUCUAG